UAGCACAUGAAGCUUAUAUACAAAGUUUUAGUAAAUUUUAGUUAAAAAAUGGCUUUGAUAUUGGUAUUUAUUAUCUUAUUUAUAUGCGUUCUCUUAGCUUUCAAAUUGCUGUACAGAAAGCGACCAAAAUCACUAAAAAAUCGUCAUAUUAUAGUUACUGGUGGUUCUAGUGGCAUUGGCAAGAGUGUAGCUUUAGAAUGUGUAAAUUUAGGUGCCAAAGUAACUAUAGUUGCUCGAAAUGAACAGAGGCUCAUUAAAGCGAAAGAUGAAAUUCUCAGUAGUAGUAAAGCAGCUACCACAGAUUCCGUUCAGUAUGUAUCCGUUGACUUGAGUUCGAAUUAUGAUGAAGUUGAAAUGGCAGUCAAAGUAGCAGAAAGGUCUUUUGGGCCCACUUACAUGCUCGUCAAUUGUGCUGGUAUGGCAGUGUGUGGAAAAUUAGAAGAUAUGACAAUAGAAAAUAUUAAAUUAAUGAUGGAUAUAAACUAUUAUGCAACAGUAUUUCCGAUUAAAGCAGUAUUAACAGAUAUGAAAUCUAGAAAAGAAGGAAUAAUCAUAAUCACUUCUUCAAUGUCAGGCUUAAUUGGUUUGUUUGGAUAUGGGGCAUACAGUGCUAGUAAAUUUGCUUUACGUGGAUUAGCCGAAUGUCUAGCAAUGGAAUGCCAGCAACAUAAUGUAAAAGUUACACUUUGUUUGCCCCCUGACACUGAUACACCUGGUUUCGAAAAUGAAAAUCGCACAAAGCCUUUGGAAACAAAAUUAUUAUCAGAAGCUGGAGGUUUAGUUCAACCUCAUUCAGUGGCUAAGCAAUUAAUAUCUGAUGCCUUGAAAGGUGAAUUCUUCUCGACAAUUGGAAUUGAAGGUUUAUUGCUUGGCAUUGUAUGUUCUGGAGCAGCACCAAACUUUAGUUCUAUACUUUUACCGCUUCAAGUAUUUUUAAUGGGGCCUAUUCGAUUCUUCAUGUGGUGCAUGCACCUUCAUUUUAAAGCAAUAAUGAAUAAAUGUGCAGCAAAACGUGAUAGUGAUAAAAAACAUAGUUAAAUAUGGAAUUAAUUAUAACAUCUUGAAUGCAACAUAAACAAAACCUAAUGCAAAAAUACAACAUAACCUAAUUCUGCACUCAUGUGAACUUGCAUUUAGAUCACAGAGAAAUGUCACAACUGAAUAUUUUAUAUAAAUA